GAAUGAGUCAAGGGAAUGGCUCAAUGUGACUGUGUCGCUUUCCUCUCACGUGUCCAUUUUUAUCUGGAAGCAGCCAGAGCAGCGAUCAUAAAGGCAUCAACCUGUCUGUCGCUUAGCCAAACGCCAUGGCAUCCUUGCAGGAGACAAUCCUGCAGACGCUCGACAAGGAUGGCGAGAUACAGGAUACCCGUGCGUUGAGUGAAAACCAGACUGAAGUCGGCUCUGUCUUGCGCUCGCUUGAAUCUAAAGAAAUGGUCGUCUUCAAGCAGCUCGAGACUGAUCGCUGGGUCUUGUCGAAAGAAGGGCAAGGUAUUGCUGAGAAGGGCAGUUAUGAGGCUCUAUUGUUUGAGGCUGUUCAGAAGGCAGUGGGUGGACUGAGCAUCAGCGAUGUCACCACUGUGCUUGGCAAGGACGGCAAGAUUGGACAGCAAAAUGCGCUCAAGAAGAAGUGGAUCUCUAUCAACAAGGAGACAAAGACGCUUGAGCCACUGGUGGAAAGUAUUACAGAUACAACACGACGGGAUUUGCAGCAAGUGGCAGAAUCAGGCACCUUGGCUGAUGCUGCAACACUGGCAGACCUCAAAAAGCGCAAACUAAUUGACCGGACAAAACUCAUCUCCUACCGUGUGAGCAAAGGCCCGCAGUUCUCACUGACGGUGCAAAAGCUAGAGACAGACUUGACGUCUGAGAUGGUCGCAUCUGGUGCGUGGAAACAGGCGCAAUUCAAAAAAUACAACUUCAAUGCGGCAGGUGCUCCUGUUCGUGGUGGUGCCUUGCAUCCGCUCCUCAAAGUACGUGAAGAGUUUCGCAACAUUUUCUUUGAGCUGGGUUUCCAAGAAAUGGCCACCAACAACUUUGUCGAGAGUUCCUUUUGGAACUUUGAUGCGUUGUACGUACCGCAGCAACAUCCGGCAAGAGACUUGCAGGAUACAUUCUACAUCAAGGGUCCAGCACGGACAACGACAUUCCCAGAUGCAGCGUAUGUCGAGCGCGUCAAGACAGUGCAUCAAGAUGGUGCGCACGGCAGUAUUGGCUACAGAUAUCCCUGGGUCUUGAAUGAAGCAUCCAAGCUCGUUUUGCGCACGCACACCACAGCCAUUUCAACGGCAAUGCUGUAUAAACUUGCCAACCAACCCGGCGGUUUCAAGCCAGCCAAGUACUUCUCCAUUGACCGCGUCUUUCGAAAUGAAGCAGUCGAUGCCACGCAUCUUGCAGAGUUCCAUCAAGUCGAAGGUGUCAUUGCAGACCGCAACUUGACACUUGGUGAUUUGAUUGGUUUCAUGGAACAAUUCUUUGCCAAGAUGGGUGUUCACAAUCUACGCUUCAAGCCAGCCUACAAUCCUUACACAGAGCCAUCCAUGGAAAUCUUUUCCUACCACGAGGGCCUCAAGAAGUGGGUUGAGAUUGGUAAUUCAGGCAUGUUCCGUCCAGAAAUGCUGGAACCGAUGGGAUUGCCCAAGGAUGUGCGUGUACAUGGCUGGGGUUUGUCGUUGGAGAGACCGACUAUGAUUAAGUAUGGCAUUGACAAUAUCCGCGAGUUGUUGGGUCACAAGUGUGAUUUGGACAUGAUUGAGUCGAAUGCUGCUGUGCGGCUGGAUAAGGGCAGCAUCUCGGCGCGUGGCUGAGGGGCGGUUGCUCAUUGAAGAAGCCAGCCUCAUGAAGACCCUUCAGCAGCGAUGUGGUCUGCUACGCGGUUUGAAAUCCGACGAAUGACCUCUUCCUGUGCAGAGACGCCGAGAUCAAGCGAGACGAAGCACUGCCGUUUGUGUUUUCGCGCUAUAUUAUCAGCAUCUAUUGCGUUUACCAUUUAGAAGUCAAGCACCUAGCAAUGUAGCAAGUCUAUCUGAACGAUCAUCUGAGCC